AUGAAGUCAUUGCUGCUCCAAAGCUUUGGAGUCUUCCGAGAGAGUGAUAGUAGCCUCCAGACAAUGAAGAAGGGUGAAAGAGAACUAGAUGAGUUCAUGGCGGUUCUAGACCUCUUCAAUGCCAAGGCACCUCGGUCCUGCAAGGAGCAAUCAUUUCUGGGGAAAGGGGCUGACGACGACACCGGGGCCGAGAUGAGAACGAGCUAUCGUGUCAGCGCUGAUAUGGCUCAACGCUCUGUUUGGCUGGUUGACCUCAGCUCGUGGGGUCUCGGACGCAUUGGUACUAGCAGUAUCUACAAGCUAGACAAUUAG